AUGUCCGGUUCGGCUGCUGAGGUCCCGGAGGCUCAGGAGCCCUUGAUCUCCCAAGCCCUGGCGACGACGUCGCCUCCUCCUCCUGCUACGCCAUUACUCCCAGGUUCUUCUGCCUCCUCUGCUGUCUUGGAGCGUACCCUUUCAGACAUGACUCCGCUGCGGGAAGAUCUCCUGGGCGCGGAUCCGCGCCUGGUAGCCGGGUGCCUGGAGCUGGCCUCCGGCUGGCUUCAGUCUGACGCGGUAGUGCGAGCGACGCUGAGCCAGGCCGCGACAACCUCUGAGAAGGAGAAAGGGGCCGCCGCUCAAGCUGCGGCCGAUCGCGAGGCAGCCCUGAAGGACGCCGAAGCCGCCCGCGACCACUGCCGGGUGCUGGAGGACGAGCUGAAGAGUCUGCGCGAUGAGCACGCAGAAGAAGCUCGUGGCCGCCAGGCGAAGGAGGAGGAGAUGAGGGCCCGGGAGGACGCCAUCAAGAACCGCAACGCCGAGCUGGGGGAGUUGGAAAAGGUGCAGGCCGUCGAACGCAGCCGGCUGGAGGAGCUGGAGCGGAAGGCAGGGGCGAAGGAGGUCGAGCUUGACGCCAAGGCGAAGGUCGUGGCUGAGGACCGUGCGGCCUUCGCGCUUCUCGAGAAGAGGUCCCGUGUCGCACUGAAAGCACUUUACGAGAAGGGCCUGGAAAAGCCGUUGACCACCGACGAGGAUGGCCCUGCUCAGCUGCUUCCCUACUUGGUUGUCGCGCUUGAGGAGGUUGUCAGCGGCAUCGGUCCUAUGGCUGAGGCGGAAGCCCGCGUUCUUUCCUCAGCUGCACUGACGCGUGUCUUCACUCACCUCCAUCUUCGCGAUCCAACUGCCCACCUGGACGAGCUGCUGGAGCCUAUAGACGAGGAGCAUUGUGCGGCUGCCGCCGCAGCCGUGAAGGGCCAGGUGGAGGCCCUGCUGAAGAAGUUCCACGGCUUCGCUCUCACGCCUUCGACCAGCGGUGCCACCGAUCCUGCGGCUCCGGCCGGCGGUGCAGGCAAAGGCGACGCCACCAAGGGAGGAGCACCUUCUGUGGGCGAUGGCGGUGUCCUGGGGUGA